GGUAAGUCUAAUUUGUUUCAAUAAAAAAAAACCCAGAAAAACAAGAACAACAAAAAGCCACACAGUGUUGUAAGAAAAUAAGUGUGCCUGCAAGAUAACACAAACCAUGACACGCAAUGAGCAAUGUAAGACGUCUUCCUGUUUUGGCGAUCUUUGGAGCUGACCUGAGAGACAGCGAGAGACAGCGAGAGUAGCAGGUGCAACGUCUCUUCUUCCUUUUUACCGAAAAUUUGUGACUUUCUCCUCUCUUCUAUGAUGGAAGAGAGCGAAGACAGAAAAGAAGGAUAUUACCAGGUCGCCAAGCGGCUCCGGACGGAACAAGAGACCGGUGUAAAAGAGCUAGAGGACGGGAAGGAGGAGGAGGAUUCUGCCGCUGAGGAGGCAGCGGGGAACGGGUGCACUGAGAACCGCAGGAGCGGAGGGAAGGAUUGUUUGGAUGACAGUCGUCGCAUCCCCCCAUCUCCAGUUGUCCAUGUUCGAGGACUUUGCGAUGCUGUGGUGGAAGGUGACCUAGUGGAGGCACUUGACAAGUUUGGCAACAUCUGUUAUGUAAUGAUGAUGCCUUUCAAGCGUCAGGCUCUGGUGGAAUUCGACAGCGUGGAGAGUGCUGAGCGCUGCGUGUCAUUCGGAACCCGUGAUGCCGUCUACGUCGCUGAGCAGCAGGCUUUUUUUAACUUCUCUACCAGCCAGAGAAUCACCAGACCCACCAACACAGACGACCCCUCCAGUGGAAACAAAGUCCUCCUGUUGUCCAUACAGAACCCUCGGUAUCCCAUUACCACUGAUGUGUUGUACACUGUGUGCAACCCAGUUGGUAACGUCCUACGUAUUGUCAUCUUCAAACGCAACGGCAUCCAGGCCAUGGUUGAAUUUGAGUCAGUAAAGGAUGCUCAGAAGGCCAAACUGGCUCUGAAUGGAGCUGACAUCUAUGCUGGCUGCUGCACACUCAAGAUUGAAUACGCUCGGCCCAACAGACUGAACGUCAUCUGCAACAACAACACCAGCUGGGAUUACACCAAACCCUUCCUCCUGCACCGAGGUAGCGUUUUAGUGAAGUUCAUGAAAAGCAUUCCAGGCACAGCAUUGGUAGAGAUGGGUGAUGAGUAUGCUGUGGACCGAGCUGUGACUCACCUAAAUGGUAUCAAAGUAUUUGGCAAGAAAUUCAACGUCUGUGUGUCCAAGCAACAGGCUGUGAUUCCCAGUCAGGUCUUUGAGCUGGGUGACGGCACCUGCAGCUACCAGGACUUUAGUCUAACAAGGAACAACCGCUUCAGCAGUGCACAGAGCAGCAGGAACAUCAUCCAGCCACCCGCCACUGUGCUGCACUUCUACAAUGCCCCACCAAACCUCAAUCAACACCAGUUGCAAAAGCUCUGUACUGAAUACAACAUUUCAGCAUUCUCUAAGUUCAAGAUUUUUGAUGCCAAACCCAGCUCAAAGACUCUGUCUGGUCUGUUGGAGUUUGACAGUAAAACUGAAGCUGUGGAGGCUCUGACAGUCCUCAACCACCACCAGAUCCGAAUACCCAAUAGCUCCAGCCCUUUCACCCUGAAGCUCUGCUUCUCCACCUCCUCCCAUCUGUGACCCAGAAACAAGAUGACCUGGACAAACUGCAAAAGAGUUUAUUUGUUCCUUGAAACAAUUCUACUUUUUCAAUGGAUGAUUGCUGUGUGGUCAAUGUAGAAAAAAAAGAUUUUAGCAAUAAACUAAAUAAGUGACACCCUUGAAUAUUAGAUAAUUGAGCCAGACUUUUCUUUGUUAACAUUUGUUAAUAUUUCAUCUCAUAGUUUCGGUGUAAUUUGUUUGAAUGUAAAGUGUUUGAAUUAAUUGAAUUCCUUACAGGGGCUUAAAAUGGAGUACACUAGGAAAAAUCUAAUGGGAAGCAAUUAGGAACAUUUGUGCUUAGUUCUGUGUUCAGUCCAAAGACAAAUGAAGAUAACAACCUUAUUUUAUUUGUGUAAUUAAAGAGAAAAUAGAGAAAGCUUAUAUCAUUAUUAAAGCCCACCUGCAUCAAACCUUUGCCUCAACUUAAAAAUAUGAAAAAAGCCUUUUAAUAAACUUAGAUUAAAUCAAAAAUACAGUUUGUUCUAAAACUACUAAACCACUGCUGAACUCAUUUAGUAGUUCUUUAAAGCUAAACAGCAACUUCAAUUAAUAAAUUCAUGUCUGUUUAAAAAAACAAAUGUCUGCUUUUAUUAUUACUGCGAGUGCCCUGAUGUUGUAUUUACUCUUCCCAUCAUCAAAAUUUAAAUAAUAUUUUGUAAAGAAGGUGCUGGGUGUAACUGCUGUAAAGUACUGUGUAAUGUUCACUAUAAGUAAAACAUUAACCCCAGGAACAUUUAUGCACUUUAUGGUUGUUGAUGAGUACUGCUCGCACUUCCAGUUGUUGGAUUAUAUAGCAUACCUUCUUUUCCCUGGAUAUUGUUGUCUAAUGCUGUCUUCCAAACUUUUUCAAUCAAACCUUAAAUACACUGCUUAAACCAAACUAAUUAAUUUUUGCUGUGAUGUAUUUGUGUUAUGAAAGGACGC